UUAUUAGCGUUAUUAUUUGAUGGCUUUGUUUAUUUUUAGAGUGCAUAGGAAUGGAAAAUCUGACCAUUCAUCAAUUUUACCAAAAUUAUGCAAGUGCCACCAGAUUCGUUAUCCUAAGCAUUUCAUGGUGCAAGUUUUAUGCUAUAUUUCUUAUAACACCAGCGUCUUAUGUAUUAUAACAAAUUUAGCAUAUUUAUUAAAUUUACAAAUAUUUAAUUAUUAUCGAUCUUAACGAACAUCUGAUGUUUCAAUGUUUUUCACUUAAAUUGAGCUAAGAAUAACACAAAAGUACGAUUUUCGAUUAAUUUAUUAAUUGGACGGUAUGUCAGUUAUCUACGAAAGCCUAAUAGUGUCAAAUAAAAUAUAAAAAAAUGCAAAGGCGUUAUAACGCAGUAAAGGCAUUAUUACCCGAAUCAAAAGGCGAAAUAAUGCGAAUAAAGGCAUUAUAACGCGAAUCAAAAGGCUUAAUAACUCGAAUAAAGCGUAAUAACGUGAACCAAAAGGCGUAAUAACGCGAAUAAAAGCGUUAUAACGCAAAUCAAAUGGCAUAAUAACGCGAAUAAAGGCGUUGUAACGCGAAUCAAAAGGCGUAAUAACGCCUUUAUUCGCAUAAUAUCGCGAGACAAAAGGAGUAAUAACGCAAAUCAAAAGGCGUAGUAACGCGAAUAAAGGCGUAGUAACGCGAACUAAAAGGCGUAAAAACGCAAAUUCAAAUGCAUUAUACGAAGAAGGGUGGUUCGACGAUUACUCUGAAAACCGGAAGUGGUGGGGGAUCUGGGGCGGUAUAGGGUCUUCCUGUAACUUUUCUGCAAAUGAUACAUCUUCGGAGAACACUUUUCACGUGCUGUCUGAUUGACAGUAUCGGGUAACAGUAUGGGCGACACCUGCAUGUAAUUGAUUGUAAUGAGCGUCUUCUAUUAUCAGGUGUCGAUUUCACAGGGGCACUUUACAUUAAAGAAAAACAAGUUCAGCAGAAGGUAAACAUAAUGUCUAUUCACGUGUGCCAAACCCGUGCCGUUCACCUAGAAAUAGUUCCAGACCUUACAGAAGAAUCAUUUAUGUUAGCCUUCAGACGAUUCAUCAGCAGACGAUCAUAAAUUUAUUUAUUUAUUUUUUGUUUCAAAAUAACACAUAAACUAUUCCCUACUUCUUGUAAAUAAAAAAUGCAAACAGUAUAUCAGAGUGUUAUUUCGAAUCGAUUGGUUAUAGAAUCUUAGAAUUUAGUGAUGGUUGGAAGACAGGCCCAGUGAAAUGGGCCACGUGAGUUAUUAUCUUGUCAAGUAAAUUAUAAAAUUGAAAGGAAUUAUGGAAAUAUGUAAACCUAAUAUGAUUUUCACCUGUUAACUUUAUAUAUACUCUUGGAUGGGCAUAAUGAAUCUUUAAUUUUACACACAUUUAGAAAUAAACUAAGUUCUUAAUGUUUUUCUUUAAAAACAAUGUCAAGAUAUUUACAGUAAUUUAUUAAUUAUUAUAAUGAAUUGAACCGGAGUCGCGUAUUCAUCAAAAGGGCGUAACCAGGUUCAAGGUUAGUACAUAUUUUUCUUUUGUGGGAGUGAAGUUUAAUUUUAUUAGACUUUUAAAUUAUCAGGUAAUAAAUCUAUAAAUGAGUCUAACACUAUCGGCAAUUUCUCUUAUAUAAACAAAGAAGGGCGAAGCGGGAUAUAUUUCGAAACAAUGCACUCGCCCUUCUAAUUCCCUCCCUCUGAAUUUUCAAACCGACACAUUGACGACGCCAUUUUGUUUGAAAAAUCUGAUAAUUAGAAAAAAAGUUUUUUAGUUGAAUAUUAUUUACACAACUAUCUAGAAAGAUAGAAAAUGUUCUAAGUCAACAAAUUCGAACACCAACUUCUUGAAUUCAGUCAUAAACUUAAAGUGCUGUUGUGACUUCACAAUGUAGCGCCAAACAGUAAAGCAAGUACGCUAUUUCAAUGUCGCAAACGAGUUAAAUUUUCAUUUUCUUUAACUAUAAAUAUUCUGCAUUUCGCUUGAAAAAUAUAAAGUGAAAUAAAAUAAACAUACAAUUUUUAUCAACGUUUUCACAAUUCAUUAUUCUAUAAUGCUCAUGCAAACGGUAGAGUUAACGCAUUUGAACUCAAACCGUGCAUUAUUCUACAGCAAUUACUUCCUAUAUCUAGCAUUUGUACCCAAGAAAUACCUAUAUCAAUAUUAUAAUAAACUUAUUUUUUUGCUUUCAGAAAUGGAUCUGAAUGAUACAAAAAUAAUGUUUAAAAAGUGAAUGAAAGAAAUGUAAUCCUAUUGGUGUUUAAACCCACGUCCCUCAUUUCAAUGCGGUUGACAGUAUUCGUAGCCUAUUUACUACUUUUUACUACCAUUCAAGGCGGAGAGUAUAUGCAGAAUGAGUGCCACAUUGAUGGUUAUAGCUAUUGAUAUAGGAACAUCGUACAGUAGUGGUUUCUUCUCAUUCAAACACGAUCCAACGGAGAUUGAAAGUGUAAAGGAAUUUCCAUAUGAAAAAGUUCCUUCGAUAGUUCUUUUUGACAAAAGAAAGGAAUUUCAAAGCAUUGGCUAUGAAGCAGUUGACCAUUACAAACAGCUUUCAGACGAAGAAAAAAGAUAUUGGUACUACUUUAAAGAUUUUCACAAGUUAUCAAAUGAGCAUAAGCCCACAGAACUUGAAAUAACUGAGAGCAAUGGUAAAAGGCUAGAAACGUACACAGUUUAUGGGUCGAUAAUAAAAUACUUUACAGACGCAAUGUUUACCAAACUACGAAAUGCUGACCUCAUAUCUAGUAAUUCUGACAUAUAUGUCGUGCUUAUAAUUCCUCCAGUAUUUGCGAGAUCUCACAAGUCGAUGCUACAGAAAGCUUUUUCAUACGCUGGAUUUAAUAAAAACUACUCAUUUGUUAACGAGUCAAAGGCUAUUCUUUCUUAUUGGGAACACAUGUGGAGUGACGAGCAGACUCUUCCAAAGAAUGUUGACCUGAAUAAUGAAAUUGGCUUCCUUCUUGUAAAUUUGAAAGGAUCCACGGCAUUGGUAUCAGCGAAUUCGACAAAAGAUGGGAUUCAACGCAGACUUGCAUAUGUCGCAGGUGGCGGUUGGGGUGGUCAAGCUGUACACGAAGAGCUAAAACAGUUCAUCAUAAAAAUUGUGGGCGCACCUGUGUUUCUCAGGUACAUCGAGAGUUAUAAAGGCAGCACGUUUGAUUUUAAAAAAUAUGUUGCAAAUAUAUUCAACAGAUUUGGUAAAGGAAGUGAGAUAAAAUUCAGAUUACCGUUAUGUGAUUUAUAUGAGACGGAGUUCAAUGAAAGCUUAAAAACUGCCGUAAAAGAUUCACUAUUUUCCAAUGAAGUUACAGUAGCAGGUGAGUUUUUAUGCAUAAAACCUAAAGUUUUUAAUGGUUUCUUCAAGAACACGUUAGAAGCGAUUGUGUCAAACAUUAAGGACAUCUUAUCUGACAAAAGUACCACAAAAAUUAAAGUUAUUGUAAUGGUGGGCUAUUUCUCAAGAAUACAAUUAGUCCAGGAUACUGUAAAAAGUGCUUUCCCCGACUGUCGGGUUCUUGUUCCUUCUGAACCUGAAUUCACAUUAGUUAAAGGUGCAACUCUGACAGGACAUAUUGGUAAAAUACCAUCUGCACAUCCAAAGGCAAGAAGCAUCGUUCCUCAAAAUACAAUAUGUGCUGUAGUGCAACACAUUAAUGAUGAACGUGAAUUUCCAGAAUUUGUAAAAGAGAUCAAGAAGGUUUUGAUUGAGAAAGGCUCACAUAUACAGGAAGGAGACAAACAGGAAUAUAACUUUACAAUGGAUGACAUAUGUGAUAUGGAGCACAUUGAUAUCUUCAUUUUCGCCUCUCCUAAAGCUGAAACUUGUGAAUCUGCUUCUUUAAACAACGAUGAUGUGAAGAUCAUAAGAAAAGAAAGAAUGAAUUUCAACGGUGCUCACACAAUGAAUAUCAAAAUCUACGUUACGAUUUAUGGUAUACGUUGGAAUAUAUCGGAUGACGGCGGAAGAGUGGCGAUUGGCUUUGAAAAAAUAGAAUAAUAGGGGAAUUAUGUGAAAAGAAACAGGUACGAUUUCAAGAUAGUAUUAUUAUGAUUAAAGUCUGUUUUUUUCUGUGUUAACUUUAAGUAUGAUACAUAAAAUUUUGACCAGAGCUGUAAAAUUUGGUCAAGUACUAGCUGUAACGAAUCUGACUAUCUUUACAAAUGGUAAAUUGUGUCAAAUUGUAAUUGAAUAAUGAAUAAUUAGAAAUAAUAUUUCUCUGCCAUUUUCUUUAUAUUAGGUACAAAAUUAUGCAUUUAGGUAAGAUUAUACAUUUUUACAGUGAUAGAGUGAUGUAUUGCACUGUAGGUUAGAAUACAGAUGUUAAUAUAUAAGUUACAAACUCUUGAACAGUCAUUGACAACCAAGAGAUCUUUUGAUAACAAUACCUGAACUUUUUAUUAUGAUACACUGGAUACUAAAUAUUUAACUCAUUAUUAUUAUUAAUAUUUACUAUUAUUUUAAGUACAUUUAACUUUUACAAAUUUGCAGAAUGAAGAAAAUGGACAAUCACAUAACUAUAUCUUGUAUAGCAUUUACGAUGUAAAAUAAAGUACAUUGAUGUAAGAAAUUAGAGGCAAAAGCCCAUUUUAGAUACUUGUCGAAAGUAAUGUCGUUUUAAAAGAAAAUGCUAUGUUUUAUAUAAGUAAACAUAAUAUUAUAAAUGCAAAUGACUUUGGUCACAUCUGUUGGGUAAGAAAAUGAUUUAAGUAAUGUUGUAUUUUAUUACGCAACCCUGACUUUAAGAAAUUUUCUCUCUUUAACUAAGGUCAAUAUGAUGUAACAAAAUUGUAAUUGUUGUUAUAUAUCAAUGCAUGUGAAUAUCUAUAUCUGUAUGUAUGUGUCUGUGCGUGUGCGUGCGCGCGCGUGCGCGUGUGUGUGUGUAUGUAAGCAUAUGAAUGAAUGAAUGCAUUCGUAUGUAUGUAGGUAUGUAGGUAUGUAUGUAUGCAUGCAUGUAUGUAUGUAUGUAUGUAAUACUAUUUGCCAAUUGCAGGA